CGGAAGAAGCCAGCCGAUGCCCCGGAAACAGUCGUAGCAACUUCCGGAGGGGCUUGUACGGCUGGUGCGGGAGCUACGGGGCCCGAGAUUGUGCUUGGAAUUAGUGGUGCACCAUGUCCCGAGGUUCCAGCGCUGGUUUUGACCGGCACAUUACCAUUUUUUCUCCCGAGGGACGGCUCUACCAAGUAGAAUAUGCUUUUAAGGCUAUUAACCAGGGUGGCCUUACAUCAGUAGCUGUCAGAGGGAAAGACUGUGCAGUAAUUGUCACACAGAAGAAAGUGCCUGACAAAUUACUGGAUUCCAGCACAGUGACUCACUUAUUCAAGAUAACUGAAAACAUUGGCUGUGUGAUGACAGGAAUGACAGCUGACAGUAGAUCCCAGGUACAGAGGGCACGCUAUGAGGCAGCUAAUUGGAAAUACAAGUAUGGUUACGAAAUUCCCGUGGACAUGCUGUGUAAAAGAAUCGCUGAUAUUUCUCAGGUCUACACACAGAAUGCUGAAAUGAGGCCUCUUGGUUGUUGUAUGAUUUUAAUUGGUAUAGAUGAAGAACAAGGCCCUCAGGUGUACAAGUGUGAUCCUGCAGGUUACUACUGUGGGUUUAAAGCAACUGCAGCAGGAGUUAAACAAACUGAGUCAACCAGCUUCCUUGAAAAAAAAGUAAAGAAGAAAUUUGAUUGGACCUUUGAACAGACAGUGGAAACUGCGAUUACAUGCCUGUCUACUGUUCUAUCAAUUGAUUUCAAACCUUCAGAAAUAGAAGUUGGAGUAGUUACAGUCGAAAAUCCUAAAUUCAGGAUUCUUACAGAAGCAGAGAUUGACGCUCACCUUGUUGCUCUAGCAGAGAGAGACUAGACACUGUAGUUAGUUUACCAAAUCCGUGACGCCACUUGCCUGUGUGUUUGGUAACCAACAUUUUGGGGGCCCCUCGAUUGAAAAAGGAACUUCUCCCACUCUUGCUGCCACUGAAAUGGUUAGGACUCUGUCUGUAUAAAUAAAACCAAUGCUUUUGGAAAAUAA